AUGACCCGACCGACCACCGCCACCGCCACUACCACCACCGGGUACACCAAAUCCCCUCAAGCGUCCAAACUCGAUAUGGAUAUCUACCAUUCCCACAACCCCGACACUCAGUUCACAGUCUAUCGAGAUAUCCCAUCUUUGUUCACUUAUCGAAAGGUCAUUCAAGAGAUCAAACAAGCAAGGUCACCUUCUGAGAUUAUCGAAGGUAAACGAACCAGACGAAAAUACAAGUUGGUAAUUGCCCAACUCAAGAAGAGAAAGAAUGUUAUCAGGUAUAUGAUGAGUGAUGAUGGUGUUUUAUAUAAGAGAUUGAAUUUUGUAGAAAUCGUUAAAGAUUUUGUGUUUGGUCGUGAUAACACCCACUUUCCUUCCCAUGAUAGAUAUGCAGGACGAAGGAACAUGAAAAGAGGAUUUUCACUCGGAAUUGAUUUGUAUUGA